AUGAACAUCUUUUGGAUGUAAAUCAACUUAGAAGAAUCAUUAAUGAAUUUAAAAAAAGAUUUAUUUGAUUGUGAAAGUCCAAUGAAGAUAUUAGAUAAUUUAAUAAUUAUAUCAUAAAAGUUAAUAUUAAAGUUCAAAUAAAAUCUUAAUAAUACAUAGUCUGAAAUUAAGAAACAAUACUAAAGUUUUAUAAUAAGUUAGAAGGUACAUAUUUGUAAAGCCUAAAUUAAGUAAUAAUUGAUUUAUAACAAUAAACAUUAUAACUUUUUUAAUCAAUUUAUAAUAAGGAAUAAAUUAUUUUUGAUGAAGAAUUUUUGUCAAAACUUCCAAAAUAACCUAAAAUAUCUUAAAUCCCUGUCAUGAUAUAAAUACUUAGCUUUAAUACACUUAGUAUAGAUGAUUAGGAAAUAAAGCAGUAGGAUGAAAAACCUGAUAUAUUAUAAAAUAUUAUUAUAGAAUUAAAAAAGGGCAAUAGAGUUAAUUAAGAAAAAGGAAUACUUGAUAUAUUUGAAAAUUCAUCUUAUAAAGUGAGGGAAUUACUUGUAUUUAAUUUAAUUAAAAUGCAAUCAAUUAUCUAAGAAUAAACCAUUUAAGAGUUUUGUGAAAACUAAUUACAAUAAAUUUGGAUUAUUGAAAAGCAUCCAAGUGUUCGAAAUCUACUUAAAAAUGACGAAAUGAUUAUGAUGCAAAAAAAGUUAUUUUCUAAAGAUUUACAAAAUUUCUCAAUUAGAUUAAAAGUAGAAAUGCAAACAAGAUUAAAAUAAAUAGAGGAACUUGAAACUUAGGUGCUUCUUAGUGAUAAUUAAGAGGAAAUGAAAAUAUAAUUAUAACAAGCUUAUGAUAAUUUUGAAAUAUAUUUGGAUAAUAUAACAGAUAUGUCAUAAAGAUUAGAUAUUAGUUUAAUUUUUUUAAGAGAAAUCAGCAAAGAUUUGAAAAAUAUUAAAUCUUCCAUAGAUUAAGUACUAAUUAGUAUAAAAGGUGUUGAAGAUGAUAUAAGAAGAUUAAGAGGGAAGAAUUUCUUGGAAUUAUUAAACAUGCGAAAAUAAAAAGUUUUAAAAUAAAAGCAUGAAAAUGAGUUAGAUUAAGUUCAUAUAUAGGUUAAAACUCAAGAUUAUGAUCCUAUCUCUGGAAAUAGAAAAACAAAUAGUCAAGGGGAAUUUAUUACAUUCUUAAUUAAAGAUUAAUAUGAUAAUUAUGAUGGAGAAGUGAAUGAAUUUUUAUGGAGUGAUUAAGAAAAGUAAAAAGAUGUAAUGUUAAUUAAAGGAAAAGCAGGCUCAGGAAAAAGUAGAGCAUCUCGUAAUAUUGAAGAAUUUAUAUGGAUUUGUGAUACGAUUUCCCCGAAUUGGAUUCCAAUUUAUGUAUCACUUCCUUCGUUAAAAGAUCCUCAUCACAAUUUAAUUGAUUAAGCUCUUGAAUCUGAAAAUUAUAACUUUGAUAAUAUUUAAAUAAGAGAAUUUAAAGAUGCUGUCAUAAAUGGAAAACUUAAGAUAGUGAUUAUACUUGAAAGCUAUGAUGAGAUGAAAUUUGAUUGUAUUGGAACUAAUCUCUAUCAAACUAAUAGACUAGCUUAAGAUCUUAAUCUCUAAGCAUCAGGAUAAACAGUAAAAGUGAUUAUUACUACAAGAGAAGAAAUUUUGAAUUCUAUUGGAUAUUAAACGUGGUUUUAUGGUUAGAAUAUAGAUACCCUUAAAGAAAUUGAAAUAUUGCCUUUUNGUUUAGUAAGAUAAAAAAUAUUAUUUAAUAAGAAAUUAUCAAAUUAUUUGAUGAACAUCUUUUGGAUGUAAAUCAACUUAGAAGAAUCAUUAAUGAAUUUAAAAAAAGAUUUAUUUGAUUGUGAAAGUCCAAUGAAGAUAUUAGAUAAUUUAAUAAUUAUAUCAUAAAAGUUAAUAUUAAAGUUCAAAUAAAAUCUUAAUAAUACAUAGUCUGAAAUUAAGAAACAAUACUAAAGUUUUAUAAUAAGUUAGAAGGUACAUAUUUGUAAAGCCUAAAUUAAGUAAUAAUUGAUUUAUAACAAUAAACAUUAUAACUUUUAGCCUUUUUAUAUUAAGAAAUAAAUUAAGUUUGAAGAAGAAUUUUUGUCAAAACUUCAAAAUUAACCAACAAUAUUUUAAAUUUCUGACAUGAUAUAAAUACUUAGCUUUAAUACACUUAGUAUUAAUAAUUAGGAAAUAAAGGGGAUGGAAAACCUGAUGUAUUAUAAAUAUUAUUAUAGAAUUAAAAAAGGGCAAUAGAGUUAAUUAAGAAAAAGGAAUACUAGAUAUAGUGAUUGA